CCAACCAUGACGUCGAUUACGUUAAGAAUUUUCAAUUUUCCUCCCAUGUUUACCAGUGUCGAUGUACGUGAAUUUUUACACCUGUUUGGAUUGGAAACGGUUCGUUUUAUCAAAAGGCGAAACACAGACGGUGCGAUUGUGAGCGUAGAUAAUGAAUCCGAAGCACGUCUGGUGAUAGCGCGCCUGCAUCAGUUGCUAAUCAAAACACACCGAUUAAAAGUUGAGUAUACGAAUGAGGCUGAGCCUAGUUCGCCCAACUGCUUCGAUCGGAAAGACGCUACAAGGAAUAGGAAUAUGACCGCCCCAGGAGAGCGUUGUUUUACGCUUGGAUUUGAUUCAUUCCCACCGCCACAUCUUGCGUACCGGUAUCCAAAGUGUUCGCCAGAAAUUCUAGAAAACAUCACCACAGAGCUUGCCUCGAACACUGCGCUCUACUAUCAGACGCUACAUUUGAUGAACAAAAUGAACUUGAAACCACCAUUUGUAGAUCGUCAGAAAAUCGACCCAAUCGCCUCCGUAUCGGAGGGGCUGGAAGAUCGUCUCGCGACUGCAACAGAUACACUAUCGGACGAAGAAUCGGAGCUAGAAUCGGACGCAGAAUUGAGCAGUGUGGGAAAGGCAAAGACGACUUCCGGUUUGCUGAAACGCACCAUGAAAGUAGUUAAUUACCAGUCUACGCCACCAGAACCACCACAAAGCGCAUUGAAGGCACCGAAAAGGGCGAAACUGGAAAUACACAUCUCUGGAGCAUCAUUAACAACGUCGGAUGAGAGCCUUCUUACCUCGGAUUCUCCUCAAGCACCACCGGAAGAGGUAUCAUCCGUAUUGGAGGAAUGUCCGACACAAAUAUCCAUUGCUAAUAUAUUAAGCAAUCGAAUCCCAGACGACCAACGGACCACGUUGAACGUUUUCCAAAACUACAGCCCAGGCGAACCCACCAACAAGCUGUACAUUAAAAAUCUCUCCAAGCAAGUGACGGAACAGGAUCUGGUAGCGGUGUUUAGCGCUUUCUUCCCAGACAAAUUGCUGCGCGCGAUCGAUGUUAGGUUGAUGAAAACGGGUAGAAUGAAGGGUCAAGCAUUUGUUACAUUUGUUGCUGCGGAGGAUAGUGAAGAAUUGUCUGAUAGUGGCGUAUUUAAGGCAUGUAUUGAGAAAGCACUAACUACAGUGAAUGGGUACAUAUUGAAAGACAAACCAAUUGUAGUUUCGUAUGCCAAAAAGUCAUGA